AUGUCUAACGUAACCAACGAUAUCCCCGCUCGACCUGUCCAGCAGGACGAUAUCUUCCAUCUCACCUUCUCGCAACUCCACCAUAUCGACCGUUUGUGUAUCAAGUAUUUAUGUCGUUUGGACAGAGACGGCCGCGUUUUCAUAAACGUUGCAAAUAUUACCAGUCAAACUGGAGUUCCCGGGGAGACUUUCAUGCAGUUCAAUACAGAACGUCGUAGGGCGUGGAGAAGUGCUCGAUACUUGAAGGACAAGACAAAUCCGGACUUGUUGUCGGGAUCAAUUUUGAAAAUUUCGGGAAGCACCGAUGAUGAGUCUGUUACACUGACUUUCGACCAACUUCAUCUAUUGGGACUCAUUUAUGAAAAUCGUUACGAAAAAGAUAGAAAGUUUCCGUGUUGUGCGGAGAAGAAACAAAUUGGAGACUCUAUCCAUCCAAGACUGAAGACUCUAUCCUCCCAAGACAUGGAUACUUUCUUCUUGACACGUCGGGAGACAUUCAAAAAGUUGGAGAUAGAUGAAGAGACAUACAUGGAGCCGGAGUCGGAGCUGAAGAAGCGAUUGGAGGAACAGGAGAAAGAGCUCAAUGAGACAAAAACUCAACUAAAACUCGCCAACGACUCUGUCAAAGCAAAGGAACAGGAAAUCGAGUCGUUGACGACGACUAUCAAAAAACUUCAAAUCGAAAACAAUAAGGUUCAUGAUGUCUUGUUCCAAGAAAAUGAUUACCGUAUGGAGACAAAAUCACAUCUAAAACUCGCCAACGACACUGUCAAAGCUAAGGACGAGGAAAUCGAGUCGUUGAAGAAGGCUGUCAAAAAACUGCACAUAGAGAGCUUUGAUAUCUGUCAAAUUUUGUGGACAGAAAAAAUUGAUCAUACCAAGACAGAGACUGAACUAAAACUCGCAAGCGACUCUGCCAAAACCAAGGACCGAAAAAUCGAGUCGUUGAAAAAGACAAUCGAAAGAAUUACAAUCGAGAAAGAUGCUUUGCACGAAGACUUGUGCUCCGAGGAAGAUAAACAUGCUGAGACCCGGAAAGGACUGUGCAACGCCUAUAUUUUCAAUGCUAAAAUUUUGGAAAAUCUCAAGAAAACCAUCCAAAAUAUGAAGGAUUCUGAGGAGAAGAAAGUCAACGACCUGGAAUCUAAGCUCCAAGAGAAACAGGACGAGCUGAACAACACUGUGAAACUUUAUUGGAAUCUGGAGAAGAUUAUUACGGAGAAACAUUGUGAAGCUCUUAUAGAGAAGAAGUAUGGCGCUGAGAAGAAGGCGAUGGAGAAGAAGAUUCAGGAGUUCAAGGAGAUGUUGAAGACACAGAAAACGAUUUUCAAGAAGAUGCAGGAUGUUAUUUAUAAUUGA